AGUGUGUGUGUGUGUGUGAGAGAGAGAGAAAGAGGAAAAGAAACAGAACAAAAAGAGCACAAUGUCAAUACACACAAAUACAGAAGACUGGUUUUAAACGGUUCUAGCUGGUCUUGGGCUGGAGAAAUCCGGUUUAGAUGCUCUAUUUAUAUUUUAUCAAUAUGCAGCACCUUGUUGCCUAUUGAGGGACGAGAUAUUUUCUUCCUACAAAUAAAAAGCGCAUGUUACGUCACGACUGCUUUAGAAACAAGACGCAUGGCCUUUAUCUGAACCGUAAUCCAGAUCUCGUGAGUGAGCUGUAGUUAAUGUUCAUCUCAGAGAUGAGGUCCAGCGAUGCUCCUUCAGCUGAGGAUGACCGUCUGAUGAAGAUCUCCCCCGCUCUUCCUCGGGGCCCGUGUUUCCCGGCUCCUCUUCUCGUCCGUCCUCACGCCUCGGGGCUUGUUUUAGUUCCUCGUGAGAGUCCUGGUGUGUUCGGCGGUGUCUCAGCGGCUCGUCGCAGGCUCUUCUGCCCAGUCUUCACGUCUUGGCCGGCUCCGGGGCCCCGUACAGACCCCUGUGUGGAGCUCUUCCCCGCUCCUCAGAUGAUCUGGACGGGGGGUCAUCUUCCUCUGCCCCGCUGCUUCACCUUCGUUGAGAUACGAGAACAGGACAGGAACACCAACAGAGCAGACGCUGACGGCAAAGGUCUCCGUCCGCAGCGCAGCUCAAGGAAAGUGAAGACCGCUCGAAGACGUAAAACAGACCCUCCUCUCCAGGACCUGGCCGAGAGCGCGCUGGCCGAGUACUCCCAGGUCAUGGACGCUCUGGGGUCAAAGGUCGCCGGCGGGUCAGAGGUCAGGGAUGAGGAGGACGUUUGCGCGCCGUUCCUCAACCAGCUGCUGGACGACAGCCCAUCCUCCACCGAGGCUGGUCUGGACAUGGACUACAUCCACUCUCUGCUCUCCUCAGACGUCUUGAAGGAUGAUCCCGAGCCGGUCGAGGUCCAGCGUGACUCCAGACCCUUAAGGACGGAGAACAUACCGGAACCGGUUCUGGAUAACAACAAAGACCCGUUUACUGAAGCUCCGCUAGCGAACCCCGAGGGCCGAAGAGUCCAAAGCCAUCUGAACGCUUCAGUCCAAGAAGCUCUUCUUUCAGAAACGGAUGGAAAUGAGACUUUGUGUGCCGAUGAAUUGGAUUCUGAACUACAAAAAUCAAAAUUCUAAACUACAAGUCCCAUCAUGCAACAUUCCUCAGCCUAAAACAUGACCCAGGACCACCAGAAACCCCUGUGAGCGGAGGACAAGAAAACACGGCGAACCAAAACUGGAGGAAUAUACCAACAUAGGAAGGGCAAAAAAAAAAAAUAAUAAAAUGGAUUUAGACGGUCCGGAUGAAAAAAAACAAACAAACAAACUAAUAAAACAGAGAAACCUAAAGGAAUCACUCAAGAUUGACCAAAUAGAGGAAAAUAAUGUUAAUGAAAAUAAUAAAAACAUAAGAGAUGACAUAGAAGGCGAAAAUUGGAUGAUAAAAAUAAAGAGGUUUAAAACGGCUAAAUAUCAUGUUCAGAAGGAACGAGUGACAAAAACAGAGACUGUGCUGAGACGUAUCGAUGUUGUGAAGGAGCGGCUCUGAAAGAAACAAC